CGAAUCGAUACGACGCGCGUCACGUGCCGGCGACCGCGACCAAUAGCCGCGCUCGGGCGGCCGCGGGGCGCCGCGGGGGGCGGCUGCGGGGGGGCGGCACUCUCCGCCGACCGCCAGUACACGAGGAGCACCGCGCGGGACGGACGCACGCCGCGCGCGCUCCCCACUAUACGAGUUUCACCGAAAACCGGUCCGAUGCAUCGUGACAUGUUAUAGUGUGCAGUGACGCCGCUAUGAGUACGUGGACGGAGGACGUGAUGUCCUGGCGGGACGAACGGCUUGGACUUACCGAACUAAGGGAGCCUACUACAAACAGAAGAAAACUACGCAGUGCGCCUUACAGACUACAUCGGCCACACUUGCCCGUGCCUCACGUGCCCGAGCCACCGCCGGAGCCCCAGGGAACACACAUUUCAAGGUUGUACCCGGAACUGUUAGCUCUCAUAUUCGAAAGGUUGCCCGUGCGGGACAGAGGACGCGCGGCACAAGUUUGCCGCGCUUGGAGGGACGCAGCUGAUCGACGGUCCGUAUGGCGCGGAGUGGAAGCCGCGCUGCACCUCCGCAGGCCGGCGCCCGUGCUAUUCGCAUCACUGGCCAGGAGAGGGGUGCGCAAGCUGCAAGUGCUGUCGCUAAGGCGCGGCUUGAGGGAUGCCGUGGCGGCGCUGCCCGGCCUGGAGUCGCUGUCGCUCAGCGGCUGCUACAGCGUCACUGAUGCAGCCCUAGCGAGUGCAUUCGCAGCGGAACUACCAGCGCUACGGAGACUAGACCUGUCUCUCUGCAAGCAAGUAACCGACUCGUCCCUCGGAAGAAUAGCACAGUCGCUUAAAAACUUGGAAGAGUUAGAACUGGGUGGUUGUUGCAACAUUACGGAUACUGGCCUCUUGCUUAUCGCUUGGGGCCUCAGGAAACUGCGUCACUUGAACUUGCGAUCAUGUUGGCACGUAAACGACGCAGGGAUAGCGCACCUGUGCGGUGGUGGAGAGGCGCGAGGUACUCCGGAGCUCGAGUACUUGGGACUACAAGACUGCCAAAGGUUGACAGAUGAAGCGUUGAAGCACGCAGCUACGGGUCUUCCUAAACUCAAAUCCAUAAACCUUUCUUUCUGCGUCGCCGUGACGGACGCGGGCUUGAGGCAUCUAGCGCGACUUCCGUAUCUAGAGGACGUGAACCUGCGAGCCUGCGACGGGAUAUCGGACGCGGGGCUGGCGCACCUGGCGGAGAGCGGGAGGCUGAGGUCGCUGGACGUGUCGUUCUGUGAUAAAGUUGGGGACGAGGCGCUGUCGCACGCGACGCUAGGCCUGUCGGGGCUAAGGUCGCUGUCGCUAAGCGCCUGCCGCCUCACCGACGAGGGCCUGGAACGGGUCGCCAGGCUAUCACAGCUAGAAACGCUAAAUUUAGGACAGUGCACGAAGGUCACAGAUAGAGGCCUGCGCGCGCUCGGCGACGGCCUCCUCAAUCUGCGAGCGAUAGACUUGUACGGGUGUACGUGUAUCACUCCGCAAGGCUUGGACCACAUCGUGAAGUUGCCUCGGCUUAGUAUACUUAACCUCGGACUGUGGCAUGUGCGGUGACCACACACACACUAGGUAGUGUCUGUGUGCGCGUGUGUGAGUGCGACGGCCAUGUUGAAGUGAAGGAGCGCCAAGGUUGUAGGUAUACUCUGGACAGUGAAUAAAAGAAUUAACCAAUUUUAAGAUAUUAACUAUCGAAUUAUUAUUUAGGAUAUGGGGGCGGCUUUCUGUUUACAAGUUUCUGUUUUUAGAUCAGUUGUGUUGUUUGUUGUGUCAACUUCAUCUGUGUUAAUUGAAAGACAAGUUUUUGGUUAAGUUUCUCAAAGAAAGUUGCCCCAAUACCUAGUCGCAAUGUUGAGCCAGGCCUUUUUGAAUGUUCUCUGUUUUACUUGUUUUAUUGUCUUCAUUAUACUUUGUUAUUAUGUUACAACUUCCAUUAUUAUGUUAAUAAUAUCUAAACUUGGACAAUCUUUAAAAAGGUCUGGUUUAUUAAAAUAAUUUGCUCCAUUAGUUAGGUAGGUAUUUAGCCAUUCUUCAAAUUUAUUAAUGUUUUUAAUUCGACCUUAUACGUGAACUUAGGAGCUAUCCAAAUUGUUACGUGUUAGGUUUUUUUUAUAUUUAGUUUUGUGAUGGAAGCAAGUUUUGGGAGAUGAAAAUUGUUUUUUAAUUAAUGAAAAAAAAUCUUCCAAAAUGCAUUUUUGUAUGUGUAAAGUAAGUUUAAUUCGAAAACUUACAGUUUUGAUAUAUUUUGAUGCUCAAUAUAAAGUCAUCCACAGAUUAAAAGAUGCCAAAAUGGACUAUGAGUAGCCAUAACUUAAAAAUGUUAAUCAUGAUUAAACUAAGAUGGAACUCAAUGAGAUCCUUCCCUCUCAAGUGAAAGAGGAAGGAUUGAAUAUUUAUAAACAAAAGAAAAUUGUUAGAGAUGAAUGAAGUUAUUGUUUAUGUAAAGAGAUUGAAACGAAGUACUGUUAAUACAUUUCGUGUGUGACGUAACACAUAGAUGACAGUGAGGUAUACGAAGCAUUUAUCAUGUGGUCGAGCUAAGAAUUAUAGAAAAAAAUUUCAACGUAUAAUGAAAUCAGAUGAUAAUAAUAUUAUAUAGAUUCCAUUCUUUUAACUAC